CGGCCCAAAGGUACAAUUUGUUUCAGUGUCUGCCACAGUCAGACAGUCUUUGCUACACAGAGCAGCUGCACAGACUGGACCAGAGAACACCCUCAUCAUGGUGAAAGUGGAUCUGAAGACGCUGACGGGGCCCAUAGGCAUCCUCCGGAUACUUGAGUUCAUCUUGACUUGUGUCACCUUUAGCUUGGUGGCAUCAGUGGGGACCGUCAAUCAGUCCUUCUGGGUCUGGUGCAUGUUCAGCUGGUGCUUCUGUUUCGCCAUCACAUUCCUCAUACUCAUCCUGGAGCUCUUUGGCCUCAACUCAAAGAUACCCAUUUCCUGGAGUGACUUCACGGCCGCCUAUUCCAUGUUGGCUACUCUAAUGGUACUCACAGCAUCCAUUGUCUUCUCUGUGUUCUACGCUGACCUUGGUUUUGGUGAAUUCAUCGGCGCCAGUGUGACUUCCUUCCUGACUUUCAUCCUGUACGCCAUUGAGGUCGGAUUCAUUCGGUUCAAAUCGGAAGAGAUCAGUGGAUUUCUCUCCACCAUUCCAGGUCUCCUAAAAGUCAUUGAGGCCUUCAUCGCCUGCAUCAUCUUCAUCUGCUUGGGCUACUACAUUAACUACUGGGUUUAUCCAGGACUGCAGUGGUGUGUGGCUGUGUACUCCAUCUGCUUUAUUUUUGCCAUGCUCAUCAUCAUUGCAACCAUCGGCAAACUGCUGACUCGCUUCCCUGCACCUUUCAGUAAAGUGUUGAUCGUCUGUAAUGUGCUGGCAGUUCUGAUGUACAUGACAGCGGCGGUUGUCUGGCCAGUGUACAGCUUCAGAAACAACCUAAGCUCCAGCUGCUCCCAUUCACCCAAGUGUCCAUGGAAUAUGUUAGUUGUUAUCAGCUUUAUGACAUGUUUGAACCUCGUCGCCUACAUUGUGGACACAGUCUAUUCUUUUCGACUGCAGUUCAUCACUCAAACAUAGACAUGUUUUUUUUGCUUUUUACUGAUCAAAUUCUUCAGAGUAUGAGCAAAUUUAGCUUUUUAAAUCAUUUUUUUUAUAUUUGACGUCUAACGUUUCUAUUUGCUACAAAGUCUUCAAUUCUGGUUUAAUGGCAAAAAAUGCUUGUGUUAGGAUGAUAAAAGUCUGUGAAACACAAAAAACAAUGUGUUUAUUACUUUUUGUAUUGACAAACUGCUGUCUUAUUAAAACGUUGGACCUAUUAAGGGCAAAGAAUUCAAACUAUAAGUGUCAAAAAUACCCCAAAAAAGCAGGAAGUUCCAGGAAAUAGAGCAUUGACAGUUUCUUCUAUGACAGAAAACUCCUUUUCACAAAGAAUCCAUUGAAAACACUUGAUCACUCGAUGAAACAGCCUUAAAAAUUCAAAUUAUCGGGGGGUUUUUGUUUUCAUUGCAAAUUUAAUGCAAAUUUCCUGCAUGAUGACAAAAUGCCAGGAAGAGCGACAACAUCAACUGUCUCAGAAUUAUCACUAUAUAUUCUUAACUUUGGAUGUAACAUUUGUUGAGUUAUUUUUAUCCAAGAAAUUUUCAAAGUAUAGCCAAUUAAUUAAAAAAUUGGGAGAUAAAAUUAAGGCGGAGUCAACAGGUCUAACCUUUUGGUUGGAUGUGACAGAUCUGUUGCUUCAAACAGGCUGGGAAAAAUGUUAGAUCAUGAUUUUAGCUGUUAUCAAAGCUCAUUUUUACUGGUGAAAACUAUGUUGGGGUUAAAGAUUCACUCUGAUCAUCUUAGGAUCUAUUUUAAAACUGUUCUCAGUGGUGUUUUAAUUAUGAUUAUUACGUUUUUAGCCAAACUUGUCGUUUUUUAGGACAUAGUUUCUGCAGAGCUGCAGGAGUUUA